ACGAAGCGACCACUGAGAUACCGCGACCUGUUUAUGUAAACAUCGGGCUUGUGCAGUUAACACCGUUUUAAUAAUCUAUUCAUUUAACUUGGGCGUGUUAGGCAGUACGUCUAAACCUUGAAAACCCUCUAAUCGGCAAUGAACUUGUCAAUAUAGUGCUAGAAUAAUGACACUCUCUCAAAUCAAGGCAGAAGUUUAUCUUAUAUAUACACAAUACAUAAGGGGGGGGGGGCAUAAAAAAUAGUGUUCCAUAUGAUGCUGUUUGUUUAAACAAAACAAAUCUUUCUGCAAUCUGUCGUUCUGUAAUGGAAUUAAGUUUUGAAUAUAGGAUUAUGUUCUAGUCAGCUUUACUCUAUGAUAUAUAAGAAAGAAAGAAAAGAAAACAAAAGCUGUUUACACAAUAAUUACAUCGGGGUCGCAAACUUUGUCGCGAUUCGUAAUAAAUUAAGCAUCGGGUUCGGGAACUCGUGUUGAAAGAAAUUAUGUAUGGACCUGUGCUCAAAAUAUAACUUUGCUGGGAAAUGGUAACAACAAAGCAUUGUUGUUACGGUGUAUGUGUCAACGACUCGCGCUAUCCAAAGCGUGAUGUGUGGUUCAUUGGAUUCGGCAAUGGAUUUCCGAAACCGACAAAGGACAGAGAAAAGUGUUUACGUUGGGUUAACAACUGUGGACGUCGAGAUUUCACCAUAAAUAAUGUUAACAAGGACACUUACAUAUGCAACCAGCAUUUUGUAGGUGGAAAUGGACCAACAGACAAGAAUCCCGACCCGAUUAAAUUCGGAUUAACAGUUACACGUCCCAAAAAAAGAAAGGCUCCCAUUGGCAGAGGAUUAUCACAAGAAAAGAAGAAAAAAUCCAACACCACAUAUACUGAAGAAGUGAAAUCAGAAAAUGACAAAAUAGCACAAAUUCUUCUGGAGUAUUUGGGUUCCCAAAGCCAAGAACGCACUACUAAAACAACUUGUGAAACUCCGUCUACUGUUCAUGAAGUUCAUGAAGAUCAUACUUUGAACAUGCCUGUUAAACCAGUUCUAGUAGAUAAAGGCACUCAAACUGUGCAAAAACUCAUCUCUGAAAAUGUGUCCUUAGCAAUAAAGAAUAAACUAUUACAAAAAGAGAUAGAAAAUUUGAAGAGUCAGUUACACUUGAUUCAAGUUGAAAAAGGUUGUUAAGACUUAUUUCCUGGGGAUAAAAUUGAGGUUGAUCAAACUGUAAACUUAGUGAGACAAUAGUUUUUGAAGCAAUGAAAGAUGAUGUCAGGAAAUUCAAACUCUUACAGCAUUUUUCUGUCAUAGUGGCAGAUCUUAGGCCCAAGUGCAAAUAAAAUAUAGCUAUAUUGGAUCACUGAUGUGUCAAACCCUGAAAAUACUCCAGGGUAACGAAUGGGGCCAAAAAAGGGAACUUUCAGAGUUCUUCGCAAAAGAAGUUAUUAAUGACAUUGAUGAGACUGCAUUUAGAACUACUCCAAUCUGAUUUAGGAUAUUGAUUCCGUAACAAUCGUAUAUCUAAAAUUCUUUUGACAUAGAUAUAGUAUUUGUACAUGAAAUUCAGUACCCUAAAUUUUGAAAUGUUUGCCACAAAGGUCAAAUUGAGGAAACAUUUACCGAAAUGCUUGCGCUGCAUUGUCAUUUAUACGGGGGUACCAGUUAAGCAACCAAGUAAGUUUUUGGGUACAAAGGAAUGCCUACAUAAGAGACAUACAGAUUUUGAAAGGUGUAGUGCACCAUUUGGUUUCGUUAUGUAGGCUAUGUUUUUGAUGAAUAUGAAGGCAGUAUUUCUUACAAGGGAAUGGUAAAACAAUCGGGAUCGUUAGACCGCCUUUAAACUGGUGAUCUUAACAUGGCCAGUUGUUGAUUCCUAAUUAAAGAAAUGUACAAUGAAAUGAUAUCUUCCCUGUUUUGGGGGAGGAAGAGACACCUACCAAAGAAGCAAAACAUAGAAUUCAUGUUGAGCUCUCAAUUCAACGAAUUAUGAAAAAAUUUAAGAAUUCUGCAAAAAGUUGUGCCACUUUCGUUACAUGUAUUUUCACUGUGUAUUUUUGUUAUUAGUUGUCUUGUUAAUUUCUAGGAUCUUUGGUGCAAUAAAUCUUGUUCAAUGUUCAUUAUGUGAUUACAUGUAUGUCUCUGUUUCUUUUCUAUGUGUACAUUUAGUUUAAAAUAACAUAAAAAACAUUUAUUACAACUUAA